AUGCCUGCGCACAUGUGGUCCCGCCGAGACUCCUGGCCGCCCACCCAGCUCCGUCUCCGCCUCCCUCGCGCGUCUUGCGCACGGAGCGAGCCUCGCCCUCUUCUCGACGACAUUGACGAGAACCCGCUGACCUACUUCCUUACGCCCGUCGAAACCGACAAGGACGCGGACGCCCUGACCGCCGACGACAUGCUCCAGUUCGACGCGGGCAUCCGAGACGCCAACCGGCCCCGCGGGACGGUCCGCUCCGUCAGCCCGUCCACCCUCGACGGCCUGAGCAAGCUGCGCGCCAGGACCGUCUCGCCCGACCUCGACUCGGAUGCCCUGACCACCGACGAGGACGAGGACGAGGUCGACGGCGACGACUACUGCGACGACGACGAGGACGACGAGGACGACGGCGAAGACUACGUGCGCUUCUCGCCGCCCACCGCGUCCUUUCUCUCGCCGUUCAGGGCCGUUUCGGCCGGGAGCGUCCGGCCGCGCAUUCGCAAGAGCCCGCCGUUGGGCCGCCCGGCCGGCGGGUUCCUCACGCCGGCGGCUUCGUUCCCCGCGCCAUCAUCGUCGUCGUCGUCUUCGCCGCGCGGCAGGCCCCGGCAGGCGCUGACGAGGAGCUACUCGGCGGGCAGCAGGCCGGCACCGCGGGCCCGGCGGCUCUGGCGCGAGCCCAGCCCGGACGUGUGGUCCAUUUCGGAGGAGACCGAGGAGGACCUGAGGGUGGAGGCGUCCGGGGACGGCUGGCGUCUGCAGGACAUGGUGGCGAAGCCGAAGAAGAAGGUGCGCUUUGUGCUUCCCGCGGGGGAGUAG